UUUUGCAUUCAGUCUGUGAAAAGCAUCACAUAAGUGUCCAAGAUGAAAUUAUACGUUUUGAUAUCAGUUCUUAUCAUGGUAACUGUGGGAGUGAUUACGUCACCGGUAGACGAAAAUAAGCCAUUUGAUUGCCCGCCAAAUGAAGAGUACUACAAAUGUUCUGAUACAGUUUGCCAGCAGACUUGUGCAAAUUUGUUCGAAAGACGUCUUUGCAUUCCAAUUGAUGAUUGUUAUAAGCCCGCUUGCUUAUGCAAGUCCGGAUAUUUAAGAGGCUACAACGGAACUUGUAUCCCUAAGGAAGAUUGUAUGAAACUAGUGUUGCCUACCAAUCAUUGAUUUGUUUAAUUUUGU